AUGGACGUGCCUUGGGCUCUGCUCAUUGUAGUCUCAGUGGACCUGCCGGCUCCCAGUCUGUCACUGCAGUCUGGUGCAGUGGUGAGCUGGGGCCAGACUGUCCAGAUGAGCUGCUCCAUCGCCAAACAGCACCUGGGUGGGACGUUCACCCUGCAGCAGCGCUCUGGUUCAUUCAGAAACACCAAGAGCACCUGGAGAUUUGGAUACUCUGCUACCUUCUCCAUUCCUCAGGUGGACUUCAUCCAAGAAGGAUCCUACUACUGCCAGUAUCAAACACGAGUGUCUGGCAGAGACUUUACAUCCCCUUGGAGUAAUACAGUGAGCUUAGAAGUGACAGUGUCUCUGGUGCAGCCCAACAUCUCUGUAGUUGCCCCAGAUGGAGGGCUGUUCUGGGGGCCUCAGGGGCCAGAGGUGACCAGGGGCCACAGCCUCUCCAUCCUCUGCUCUACUGAAGCCCAGUACCCAGGAGGCUCCUUCCACCUCCUCUUGGACGCCUCCAACAGCACCAGGACUCAGAGCGCCCUCAACCACUCAGCCUCCUUCUACAUCCCUGAGAUAGAGCACUCCCACCAGGGCAACUACAGCUGUGUCUACCAGGUCACAGUGUCCAGCCGCACCUUCAACUCAACACAGUCCGAACCACUAACACUCACUGUAAGAGUGCAAGCCUCUCUGGCCCCUGUGGUGGCUUCUGGAGUGGUGGCAGGACUGCUGCUCCUGGUGGCUUCCCUUUGCCUGGUCAGGAGGAAGUGCUGCAGGGAGACGUCACCCACGCCACAUACGUCACACACGUCCCGCAAGAACAGCAGUAACCACCGCUCCUCAAACCCCUACAAGUCUCGUGGUGCCACAGCACACUGUGAUGAAGAUGGAGGUAUCUACAUGAACACAGACGUGCCCACUGAUGAAGCCCACCGUGCCGAAGACUUGGACCAUGAGGAAGAGGAAGAUGAAGAGGUUUACGUGAAUGUAGCGGAGCUGCGCAGUCACUCAGUGGCUACAGCCAGACAAGGCUGUGAAGAGGACUGCAUCUAUGAAAACUAGGGCUGAGGUGGUCAUGUUGUUUUUG